CCGGGCCGGGGGGGCGGGGUGGGGGGCGCGGGCGGGAUCCGGCGCGGCGGGGAAGCCUCGCUGGCGCCUGGGCCGGGCCGGGACGCGGCGGCCGCGCGGCUCCUCGGCCGGCCGAGUCGCUCCGCUGACCACGACGGUCUGGAGCGCCGCGUCCACCAGACGGAAGGUUCCGGUGCUGUGCUCGGAAAGCUGCGCCUCGCCCGCCGAGAAUCGACCCUCCGCUCUCCGACGGCAUGGGGGGCAUCUAGGCGUCGCGCCUGGGCACCUGGAGACCCCCGGGCAGCGAGCCAGCGCCUGCCCGACAUGGACUUCCUGGAGCUGAAGGCCGGGGCGCCGCCGGCUGAGAGGAAGUGGGUGCGAUGAGUGGCCGGCUCCCCGCGGCAGCUUCUCCCCGGCCGUGACCCCGGCUCUGGGGGCCCCGGCCACCCGCUGCCCGGGCCAGCCCCGCCCGCAUCCCCGCAGCCCGCGGCAUGAGCGGCCCGAGGGAGGAAGCCGCGCCUCCCGCCACCGUCCUGGGGGCUCCGCCGAGUCUCUGAGUCCCCGGAUUUGAAGCGACGCCCCCCCGCCCCCGCCAGCCCCGGCAGGACCCCGCCAGCUGUCUACGGAGCGAGCACCCCGGCGGGCAGAUGUCUGCCAACAGCUCCCCGCCCCCCGCACCCAGGACGCAGCCGCCCGCCGUGCCCCCCACGCCCUCCCCGACGUCCAGCCCCAAGACGGGACUCGCCGCCCGGCCGUCCAAUGGUGGCAGCUUCGGGGCCGCAUCGCUCACCAACUCCCGCGGCUCCGUGCACACCGUGUCCUUCCUGCUGCAGAUCGGCCUGACGCGAGAGAGCGUGGCCCUGGACGCCCAGGAGCUGUCGCUGUCCGCCGUCAAGGACCUCGUGUGCUCCAUCGUGUACCAGAAGUUUCCAGAGUGUGGAUUCUUCGGCAUGUACGACAAAAUCCUCCUCUUCCGCCACGACAUGAACUCAGAGAACAUCCUGCAGCUCCUCACCUCGGCCGACGAGAUACACGAGGGGGACCUGGUGGAGGUGGUGCUGUCAGCCUUGGCCACGGUCGAGGACUUCCAGAUCCGGCCGCACGCGCUGUACGUGCACUCGUACAAGGCGCCCGCCUUCUGCGACUACUGCGGCGAGAUGCUGUGGGGCCUGGUGCGCCAGGGGCUCAAGUGCGAAGGCUGUGGCUUGAACUACCAUAAACGAUGCGCCUUCAAGAUCCCCAAUAACUGCAGCGGCGUGAGGAAGCGGCGCCUGUCCAACGUGUCUCUGCCGGGCCCCGGCCUCUCGGUCCCCAGGACCCUGCAGACGGAGUGUGCGGCCCUGCCUGCGGAGGAGUCCCACGUCCACCAGGAGCCCAGCAAGAGGAUCCCUUCCUGGAGCGGGCGCCCCAUCUGGAUGGAGAAGAUGGUGCUGUGCAGGGUCAAGGUCCCGCACACCUUCGCCGUGCACUCCUACGCCCGGCCCACCGUCUGCCAGUACUGCAAGCGCCUGCUCAAGGGCCUCUUCCGCCAGGGCCUGCAGUGCAAAGAUUGUAAGUUCAACUGCCACAAGCGCUGUGCCGCGAAGGUGCCCCGGGACUGCCUGGGCGAGGUCACCUUCAAUGGGGAGCCCUCGAGCCUGGGCACGGACGCGGACAUGCCCAUGGACAUCGACAGCGGCGACCUGCACAGCGACGGCAGCCGCAGCCUGGACGACGUGGAGGAGCCUUCCCGCCCCGACGACAAGAUGUUCUUCCUGGACCCCUCCGACCUGGACGUGGAGAAGGACGACGAAGCCGUCAAGACCAUCAGCCCCUCGACGAGCAACAACAUCCCGCUGAUGCGGGUGGUGCAGUCCGUGAAGCACACGAAGAGGAAGAGCAGCACCAUGGUGAAGGAGGGCUGGAUGGUCCACCACACCAGCCGGGACGCCCUGAGGAAGAGGCACUACUGGAGGCUCGACUGCAAGUGCCUGACGCUCUUUCAGAACGAGUCGGGGUCCAAGUACUACAAGGAGAUCCCGCUGUCCGAGAUCCUGCGCAUCUCCGCGCCGCAAGACUUCUCGCACGUGCCCGCGGGCAGCAACCCGCACUGCUUCGAGAUCAUCACUGACACCAUGGUCUACUUCGCCGGCGAGGACAGCGGGGACAGCGCCCACAGCCCCGUCCUGGCGGCCGCCGGCGUGGGGCUGGAGGUGGCGCAGAGCUGGGAGAAGGCCAUCCGCCAGGCGCUCAUGCCCGUGACCCCGCAGGCCAGCGUGGGCACGGCCCCCGGCCCCGGGAAGGAUCACAAAGAUUUGUCCACCAGCAUCUCUGUGUCGAAUUGUCAGAUCCAGGAGAAUGUGGACAUCAGCUCCGUGUACCAGAUCUUUGCAGACGAGGUGCUGGGGUCCGGCCAGUUCGGCAUCGUGUAUGGGGGCAAGCACCGCAAGACCGGGAGGGACGUGGCGAUAAAAGUGAUCGACAAGAUGCGCUUCCCCACCAAGCAGGAGAGCCAGCUGCGCAACGAAGUGGCCAUCUUGCAGAAUUUGCACCACCCUGGGAUUGUAAACCUGGAAUGUAUGUUUGAAACCCCAGAGCGAGUGUUUGUAGUGAUGGAGAAGCUGCACGGGGACAUGUUGGAAAUGAUUCUGUCCAGCGAGAAAAGCCGCCUCCCGGAACGUAUUACCAAGUUCAUGGUGACGCAGAUCCUUGUUGCUCUGAGGAAUCUGCACUUUAAGAACAUCGUCCACUGUGACCUGAAGCCAGAGAAUGUGCUGCUGGCGUCGGCCGAGCCGUUCCCACAGGUGAAGCUGUGCGACUUCGGCUUCGCGCGCAUCAUCGGCGAGAAGUCCUUCCGGCGCUCCGUGGUGGGCACGCCCGCCUACCUGGCGCCCGAGGUGCUGCGCAGCAAGGGCUACAACCGCUCGCUGGACAUGUGGUCCGUGGGGGUGAUCGUCUACGUGAGCCUCAGCGGGACCUUCCCCUUCAACGAGGACGAGGACAUCAACGACCAGAUCCAGAACGCGGCCUUCAUGUACCCCCCGAACCCGUGGAGGGAGAUCUCGGGCGAAGCCAUCGACCUCAUCAACAACCUGCUCCAGGUGAAGAUGCGGAAGCGCUACAGCGUGGACAAGUCGCUCAGCCACCCCUGGCUGCAGGACUAUCAGACGUGGCUGGACCUGCGCGAGUUCGAGACGCGCAUCGGGGAGCGCUACAUCACGCACGAGAGCGACGACGCCCGCUGGGAGGUGCACGCCUGCACGCACAACCUGGCCUACCCGCAGCACUUCAUCAUGGCGCCCAACCCCGACGACAUGGACGAGGACCCCUAGGCCGGCCCUGCAGUUCCCGCGGGGGCCCAGCAGGGGGCGCACGGAGCAGGCGCGCCUGGAACCAGCUUCUCCCGAGUUGUCCUAAUCUAAGCAAUAACUGGUUUUUGUACUUUUUCCUAAUCCUCCACUUUAGUACAAUAGUGGCACUUAAUUUAUCUCCCCGUUCCUGUUUGUAGGCUAUUUUUUUUUUAAAGACAAAGUAGAGUCCAGUGACUGUGUGUGACCAGAGCCCACUGGAGUUGAGGCCGAUCCCCAUGGUUUGCGUGUAAAAUCCCGGGCACCACAUGUCCGGCUGACCCGAGGCUGCCUCGGGUCCUCCCCGACGCCGGGAGAGUGGGGCCCGGGCUAUUCCGUCACGUCUCACUGGCCCCUCCUGUGUGGGGGCGCACCCUGGCGGCUGGGUUGGGGUCCCCGAGGCGUGUGUAGACCUCCCAGCCCAGCGCCAGCUUGCAGGAGGUUCCCUGAGCCAAGCAAUGUGGGGGUCGUCAGAGCUGGUGAGGGUCGUCAGGCCAGUGCGGGCUGCCAUGCACGUGGCCCAGGGUGCAUCUUAGGGCGGGCAGGGCGGCCCAAGAGGCGGCGCCUGCCCCUCCACGGUUUUGGGGCUUUUAGGAACCACGUUUCCCCCUAGAGAGCCUGAGACUGGUCACGCACGAACAGAAUGAGCGAGCGCUCUCUGCAUCUCCAUUCCUCAGUGAGCACUGUAAAUCUUUUUAUACUUUUCAAUCUCCAAAAAGAGCAAGACACUUGCAGUCAGCAGACCUGGGUUGUCGGUGAGCCAAGCCAGCCCCGCAGAUGCCAGCCUCCAGCUCCCCCAAGGUCUGACUCAGAGGUUAACUGGAAUGAUGUCGUUCACUCGACUUGUGGAACCAGCCUCUCACUCAGCCGUGAAGCCCACUACCAAGUCCCUGGCAUCUCCGGGCAAGGCGCUGUCUGGGGGGCCGGGACUCGGCCGUCACUCUGGUGCCAGGCGGCCUAUAUAAUCUUUUUUUGUCUUGAAGUUGUGUUUGUAUAAGAACUAGUUGUUUGAGACAUUUUAUAAUGUACAAAAUAGUUUAUAAUGACACUGUUUAGUACAUUUUUAUAUUUUUUGUUACAUCCCACUUUUUGUAAAUAUCCUCAAAGAAACUUGAUAAUAAAAUGUAUUUCCAUAUUACCGUAGUUUUCCAUGUGAAAACUAUCUCUUGUUGAGGUAUCCAAAGAAAAUAUUAUUCGGUUGUAUUAUUUUCCCAGGCCUUAGUAAGAGAACUAUUUUGGAUAUAGUAAAUGUAAAUGAAAGUAAUACUAUAUUUAAGAACACUGAUUUCUUGAACUGCAUAAAAAUAAAACCACCUCAUUAUUAUAAUUUUA